AGAGUCUAGCAGCGGGGCAUCCUUCUGUUCUUCUCCCCAAACAUGUUUCGAAACCCAUGGAUCUCUAGUUACCAUGUAAACCAUGUGCAGCCCUGUGGCCAAGGAUUUAAAUCUGAAUCUCCGACUAGACUCUGCAGCUCAGUCUCUCUACCGACAGAAACCUUGAGUUUUCAGGGUGACUUCUCCUUGGGUGAUCAUACCACCUUGGUCAAGAGCGUUUCAACCCCAGAUGCCAAACUUCUAGCAGUUCUUCCAAAGGUUUCAGAGUUGAAGAAAUACUUUGAGGGAUCCGUCACACAUUCAGGAAUGAACAGGAAGGAGAGGAUAGCCCGGCGUCUGGAGGGGAUGGAAAGCGAUGCUCCGCCUGCACUGGUGCCUGGUGGUUUGGUAGCCAACAGAAUGCUGGAGGAGGACCCGCCUCGAUACACCCGCGCCUCAGAUAACUGUGAGCCAUGUGUGAUGGUAAGGCGCUACAGUCGAGAGGAGCUGGAGGCCCCAAAGAAGCAGCUGUCACCUCAAGACAGAUCACAGCAGGUCAAAGGUGGUGUUGGCGGCGCCCGUCCAGAGCCAGUGUUGGUGUAUGUUGACCCAGUGACUUUAUCCACCACCUCUACACCCACAACCGGCCCCACAGACCCCGCCAGCCUUAGCUCCAAGGCUGAACGCAUAGCACGCUACAAAGCGGAGCGGCGCCGCCAGCUUUCAGAGCGUUAUGGCAUCCAACUGGACCAGGAGCUGGACAUCGAUUACAAACCACGCUACCGCUCACGGCGUGAUCCAGAAGCUUCUGAACGCCAGCCAGCUGCCAGGCGAGACAGGGACAAACAGGAAGUAGAAGAACAAGGGCAGGAGCUAAGGGUGCCGUACCGCUCGGGAGUGGGCCGGGUUUACAUGAGGACUCACCCAGAUCCUACCCCUGUUUCCACUUCAAGCCCCGCCCACUCCUCUCAAGCUCCUCCUCCAACGCAAGAAAGAGCAAGGGGAUUUUCAGAAAGGGAAAGAGAGAUGAACAUAGAGAACUACCGGCGUGGUGGGGCACAACAGCGCUCAGCCAGAUCUAGAACCCAGGAGUACCAUCCUCUCCCGACACAGCAGCAGCAGCAGCAGCAGCAGCAGCAGCAGCAACUCCCCCAACAGGAUGCAACCCGCCAGGAGCCAAGCCCCGCCUCCACUCGGGAUUACAGUAUCGCAGCAGUGCCCAGCUCUCCUCGCACUGCCCGCCGGAACUCCCUGCCCUCCACUCGCUAUGGCAUCUCACCUGGGGAUUUAUUCAUCGAGCAGCAGGCCCAGAGCAUCCUCAACAGGCAGGGAAUCCGUGUAAGAGAACGAUUGUCAAGAGAUGAAACUGCUCAGAGGCCUCCUGACUGGAGUCCAGACAGGCACCAGGCUAACAGGCACCGCACUCAAGGGAACGCUGCUCAGUAUGCCGCGCAGUGCUCAGAACCCAACCAGCAGAGGACUGUUCCCCAGACUCAGCCGAGCCCCAGUCACCAUUCUGCCCACGGCCAAACAGCCUCCGCUCCCUCUGCUGCUGGGUAUCAACACACUGGUCCUGCUGUGGACUCUCAGCCCUACAUGGCCGCCCCCGCCCCAGUGGCAUCCGCCAGAUUGUCAGGACCUCCUGAGGUACUACCACGAAGGAGAGUCAGUGCUGAUCAAAUCCACGCCGCCCACAAGGAGGCGAGACUGGAGGCGAGGCAGGUCCUGAAAGAGGAGGCGCAUACAGAAGGUCUGCUUAAGAGCAGGAAAGCUGUGCUGCCCUCAGAGAUCCGUCGAAGGGAAAAGAGUGUGGAUGACCCCCAAAGGGGCACUCAUGAAGACAUGGACUGGCAGAACUACAGCCCAGAGAGGAGGAGAAGGAGUCGAGGGGAGGAAGACUGGGAUCAGGAGAGGCCGAGGGAAAGAGGGAGGGAGAGAAAUGUUGAGAGGAUCAGAAACAGAGGCAGAGAGCAUCUCUCUAGUCAUGACAGCCAAGAGGAGAGAGUGUUUAGGUCUGUGCAGCCUCCCCACAGCUCUGUGACCCAGCAGCCAAGACAGCAUCAACCAUCAGGGCAUGUAUAUCACCAAGAGCCCCAGAGUCUGCACCAAGAGCCCCCAAACCAGCAACAGUACCAACCAAGAAUGAGACAACAUGAAGCUGAACUUCAACAGCAAGAUCCUCAGAGGCAGAAUCAGUACCAACACCUGAGACAGCCUCAAGAGACUGUGAGACCCCAUCAGUCCCAAAGACAGCUGGAGUAUGACCUCCAAAGACAAGAGUCCACUAGUCAGCUGCAAGACUAUCAGAGGAGACCCCGUGAACCCCAGCAGGACAAAGAUUCAGCCCUGCAGCAGGAUCCAUCAGUGCACCAGAGGGCUGACUCAGCCGUCUACCUCCAGAAAGGCCACUCUCUGCCUCAGGCCAGACAGAGGAGCACUGAGGCGAGCGGAGGUCUCAAACCCAAGGUACGAACCCGCUCCAUGUCAGACAUCGGUCUGAGCCAGCAUUCUGCCACGUACCGCAUGGAGAGGGCCGCGGCCAGCAGGGAGGCGUCGAGGGCGGCGCCUCCAUCGGGGGCCGCUAAUGGAGAGACGGGCGCCCUGGACACCAGAGUGUCCGUUGCACAGCUGAGACACUCUUACCUGGAGAACGCAAACCGGAAACCUGAGCUUGAGCCCGCUAAGGUUGAGCUCUCAGCGAUGGAGGCGGACCCGGCGGGCAGCAGCGAUCGGGACAGGAGCGCUCGGAGGCCUCGACGCUACAUCACUCCAGGAGACAACCGCACGUCGGAGAGGUUUAGGACUCAGCCGAUCACGUCUGCAGAGAGGCUGGAGUCAGAUCGGUCUCGUUUGAGCCCAACACAGCUGCAGGAUCCUGAAGAUGGAGAAACACUGGAUGACAGAGCCAAGAUGAGUGUGGCUGCUAAGAGGUCUCUCUUCAGGGAGCUGGAAAGAACAUCAGAAGGAGGCGUUCCCAAACCACGCUCUCGAAACGCUGCGAUAGAAAGACGUCUGAGGAGGGUUCAGGAUCGCUCGCACACACAACCGGUCACCAACAGAGAAGUGGUCAAUGCCUCAAGUGACCCUGCCACAUCUUCACAACCUUUGGCCCUCAACACUAAUGCAGCUCGUGUCCCGAGCCCCACUGGUGUCAGCACCAGUAUAAGCAAUCAGGCCUCGUCCCAGCCCGGCUCAACCAACCAGGACCCGGAGAAGGAGACCCACGAGCAGCAGCAGCAGCAGCAGCAGCAACAGCAACAACUAGCUCAAGCUUUCCCUGCUGGGCUGGAGGGCGACGGGCAUGAGCCACUUUCUGACGAACCCGACCUCUCCACUCUCAGCUUGUUCGAGAAGAUGGCUCUCUUCAACCGCCUCUCUCUGACGACAGGCAAGCCUGCAGAGGGCGCUCGAGGAGACACCCGGCAGCGGAGGGCUCAGACCCGCUUUCAGACUCAACCCAUUACACUGGAGGAGGUGGAGCAGCUGAAAAACGGUGAUGACAUCAAACUGGAGCCCCUCUCCGCCUCUCUGGUCCGCUCUGUGGCAGCCGUCACCUCCCAAGCCUCAGUCACCGCUGUAACCGUCCUGCCAGGCAGCAGCGGUGUCGCUGAUGAUGACUGUCUCCAUCCUGGGAAGUCCACCGCCACCACCACCGCCACCCCCUACAUCCCUGCCCAACAACAGGCGUCCAACACCGCGAGCCACCAGGAGAGGGCGGUGAGGUAUUUCUCUGUGAACCAGAGUGGGGACCCGGGCCACCCAGAGUCUAAGCUCAACUCCUCCCCUCUCCUACUUGAUAGCCAAGAGAGAGUGGGGGCUCCUCUUGCUCCCACCUCCUCUCCGAGUCACAGGCAGCAGGGGGAGAAGGCGGAGGAAGGCUGGAGAGAGCGCCAGGAGGAGGAGGUUCGGGGGAGACAGCAGGGAGGAGCCAGAGAGGACAGCCAAGACGCUACUAUUAAGGGAAAACUCCACUCCCCCGACAGGGACCGGGAAGGCAGGCAGCGGCAGCAGCAUCCCCAGCCUCAGCACUGGAGGGGCGAGUCAGAGCCUCUGCCCAGCUGGAGAGCCGCAGACAGAGACUCCCAGGAGAAUAGGGACAGAGCAGAGGGCGGAGGAAGAGGAAGAGGAGGCUACCUGAGAGAGACAGCUCACAUCGCCUCCGCACAGGAGCCGGAGAGGAGCGGCGGAGGCAGGAGCCAGGCUGUCAUCACAGACUCGUUGGAUCAUCCUGCUCCACUGAGACCGCUGGUAGCUGUAGUCUCAUCCAGAGCAGUAUCUCACGUCUCAAGCAGCCAGCAGCAAACACCAGUCCAGCCCCCUGCCACUCUUCCAAAACCCUUCACACAUCAGCCUCCUCCAGCCCCACCCAAACCUUCAUCAGACCUCCAAUCUCACCCCCAGCCCCCACCGACAUACCCCAAACCGUUCACUCAGCCCCCUCAAAUCCCUCAAGCUCCGCCAAAACCUCAGGGAUUCGUCCAGCCUCUCCCCAAGCCUUUCUCACACACAGCUCCUCCGCCUCCACCCAAACCCCAGGUGCCUCCACAAACACCACCCAAACCGCAAUCCUUCCCUCAACCACUGGUCAAGUCCCAGUCCAUGCCUUUGGACCACAUCGAGGACUUCAGCAAACAUAGUGUCCAUUCUGGAGAUCUGCUGUCCCCCACAGAUUCUGGAGACCUGCUGUCUGACGGCAUGUCCAGCAAACAGAUGUCCAUCAGGGAGAGGGUGGCUCUGCUGAAGAAGAGCGGCGAGGAAGACUGGAGGAACAGGAUCAACAAGAAACAGGAAGUGGUUAAGGAUGCGUCCACCGAGCAGCAGACUCAGCUGAAGGAGAACGAGCAGACCAGUCAGAAGAAGGAGGAAGGGGGGGUCGUUCAGGACUACUCCGCUGUGUCUGUGUCUGAGCAGCUAUGGAAAACAGCAGUAGAGGACAAUGACGCCCAGAUGACCAUCGAGGAAAGAAAACAGAUGAUUUCCGUUCGUGAGGAUGCCUGGAAGACGAAGGGUCAUGGGGCAGCUAAUGACUCCACACAGUACACCGUGGCAGCACGCAUGGUCAAGAAAGGCCUGGCAGCCUCUUCAGUUAUCAGUCCCAUACUGUCACCGGUCUGCACCAAACUCAAGAGCAACAUGCCUGCUGUCAACAAACCACAAGAGGAAAUUGAAGCCAAACCAAACAUGGAGUCUGAUAAGAAACUUGACAAGUUGGAGAGCUUUUUGGGACGCCUGAACAGCAAAGUGGCCGGUCUGCAGGAAACCACCUUAACAGUGACAGAAAAAGCCGUGAAGGAAGUGAUGAAGCUGGACGAUGAAAUCUUCUCCAAGUUCUACCGACACGUCGCUGAGUUUCCUCGCAUGCCCACCAGGAUCGAGAUCAGUGAGGAUUUUGACUCCAUCUUUGGGUCUCAGAGUCCCAAGUUGGCUUCGGCCAUGGUGCAGCAUAAGCGGAUGGUGCGCCCCUCCAGGAACGUGCAGUCGUCCAGGAACCCUCUGAAGAUGCUCGCAGCCAGAGAGGACAUCAGACACGAGUACACUGAGCAGAGGCUGAAUGUGGCUCAGCUUGAGAGCAAGAGGAUGAAGGCUGAGAAGCUGAAUAAAACCUCAGAGUACUCGGAGGCCGCUCUGGCAGGACUCGCCAGCAAAGAGAACUUCAGCAGCGUGAGUCUGCGCAGUGUCAACGCUUCAGAGCAGAUGUCCAACAACAGCGCCGUGCCGUACAAGAACCUCAUGCUGAUGCAGAUCAAAGGUCGUCGUCACGUUCAGACCCGAUUGGUCGAGCCCAGAGCGUCCUCACUGAACAGCGGAGACUGCUUCCUGCUGGUCACUCCUGAGCACUGCAUCGUCUGGAUGGGAGAGUUCUCCAACGUCAUCGAGAAGGCCAAGGCGGUAGAUUUGGCCACCUUCCUGCAAACGAAGAAGGACAUGGGCUGCAAGUCAACACAGCUGACCACUAUUGAGGAGGGCGUCAAUCCACAGGGUCCAGAGACCCAGACGUUUUGGACCAUCCUGGGAGGACAGACUGCUUAUCAACCGGCAGGCCCACCAGAGGACGACGAGCAGUUUGAGAAUGCGAUCGUAGAAACAAACUGUAUCUUCAGGCUGCUGGACGACAAACUGGUCCCCGAUGACGACGCGUGGGGGAAGGUCCCUCGCAGCUCUCUGCUGUCGUGCAAAGAGGUGUUGGUGUUUGACUUUGGCAGCGAGGUGUACGUGUGGCACGGGAAAGAGGUGACUCUGGCUCAGAGGAAAGUCGCCUUCCAGCUUGCCAAACACCUCUGGAAUGGGUUGUUCGACUACACCUGCUGCGACGUCAACCCGCUGGACCCUGGAGGCUGCAACACACUCAUACCUAGGAAGGGACAGGGCCGUCCUGAUUGGGCCAUAUUCGGCAGGCUGACAGAGCAUAAUGAAACCAUCCUGUUUAAAGAGAAGUUUGUGGACUGGACUGAAGCAAAGCUGCCGUCACCGAAGGAGGUCUGCGAGAUCGUACCUGAGCUGAAGGAGGCCCCCGGGAGAGACUGCCGGCCCUACGACGCCACCCUAAUGCUACCCGUCCUCCAGUCCUUUAUUGCCACCAUCCUGGACGGCGUAAAUGUCGGUCGCGGCUACGGCCCCGUGGAGACCGAAGACCACAUGAGGCUCCAGGAGAUCACCACGGCCUCUGUGGACGUCUGGCACAUCCUGGAGUUCGACUACAGCCGUCUGCCACGUCAGAGCAUCGGACAGUUCCACGAGGGCGACGCCUACGUGGUGAAGUGGAAGUACAUGGUCACCACUUCAGUUGGUCGUAGGCUCAACCCUGAGGCGAGGAGCACCGGGCCGGGGAAGGAGAAAUGCUGUUACUUCUUCUGGCAGGGUCGAAACUCCACCGUCAGCGAGAAAGGAACGUCAGCGCUGAUGACGGUGGAGCUGGACGAGGAAAGAGGAGCACAAGUUCAGGUGCAGCAGGGAAAGGAGCCUCCGUGUUUCCUGCAGUGCUUCAACGGAGGGAUGAUCCUGCACGCCGGCAAGAGGGAGGAGGAGGAGGAGAACACUCAGAGUGAGUGGCGUCUCUACAUUGUGAGAGGCGAGGUGCCAGUAGAAGGCCAUCUGCUGGAGGUUGCGUGUCACUGCAGUAGCCUGCGCUCCAGAGCCUCCAUGAUCCUGCUCAACAUCAACAAGGCUUUGAUCUACCUGUGGCACGGCUGCAAGACCCAGCUGCACACCCGCAGCGUGGGGAACACGGCCGCUCUCAAGAUCAAAGAACAGUGUCCUCUGGAGGCGGGUCUCCACAGCAGCAGUAAGGUCACCAUCAAUGAGUGUGAUGAAGGAAUGGAGCCACCGGGCUUCUGGGAGGCUCUGGGGAGAAAAGACAGGAAGGCGUAUGACUGCAUGCUGCAAGAUCCCGGUAAAUUCAACUUCACCCCGCGGCUUUUCCAACUGAGCAGCACGUCCGGAGAGUUUAUCGCAAAUGAGUUCUUCCACCCGUCCCGAGCUCCCGACACGGUCAGCUCACUACCCUUCCUGCAGGAAGACCUGUACAAUGCAGCCCAACCUGCGCUCUUCCUGGUGGAUAACUUCCACGAGGUCUACCUGUGGCAGGGCUGGUGGCCUCAGGACAGCGAGAGCACCGGCUCGGCUCGUAUCCGCUGGGAUGCAGACAGGAGGUGUGCCAUGGAGACCGUGCUGCAGUACUGCAAAGAGAAGAACGAGAAGAAGCCUUUGAAGUCGUAUCUGAUCCACGCCGGUCUGGAGCCGCUCACCUUCACCAACAUGUUCCCCAGCUGGGAGCACCGAGAGGACGUGGCUGAGAUCACAGAGCGGGAGGCAGAGGUGUGUAACCAGAUCAUCCUGGUGGAGGACGUGUUGGCUCGGCUCUGUCAGAACACCUUCCCUCUGGAUCAGCUGCGGGCCCGGCCGCUCCCGGACGGAGUCGACCCGCUGCGCCUGGAGAUCUACCUGUCCGACCAGGACUUUGAGAGAGCGUUGGACAUGAAGAGAGAGGAAUACGAACGUUUACCAGGGUGGAAGCAAGUGAACUUAAAGAAGGCCAAAGGACUGUUUUAAGCAAGUUUUCAAUCAAUAAUGGUGUGUGAAGGGAAUACAGAGUGGAUUACUGAGAGGAAGACGCAGGAAAAUGUCACAUUGGGAUGAAACUCCACAGAGGAAUCAUGAAGGAUGUGACUGGAGAUGCACUCGCCUUGCUUAUAGUCAUGUUUUACCUUUCAUCUUUGUCAUUACGUUACAAAAUUAAGAUUCAAAUUGUUGAAGAGAAGUUAAAAACACCUUGUUUUGGUUCAUACAGGGUGUCUUUGUGUAUCACUGAAAUCAUGGACUUGCUAACAAAAAUGUGCACACUAGGACGCUUUGUGUCAGAGUGCCAUGCUAUGGGUGUGUAUGUAUGUGUGCGCGGUUGUAUAUAAUGUUUGUGUGUAAUGUUUAUAUGUGUAAAUGUAUGUGUAGGUGCGCUUGUGACUUUGUAUCUAUGUAAGAACAAACUCUGUCACGUCAGAUGUUGUGAGGAAAGUUGUUUCUCGUCUCGAUGCCGUCAGGUGACUCGUGUUGCUCGACUUUGUUGAACUGCUGAAGCGACUCCGACUCACCGAGCGACCGAGACGUACGAGAUGUAAUUUUAAAAGUUUGACUUUUACAAGACAGACAAGCAGCAGCUUUGAUGAAUCUGAAUGUAUAGUGCCUUGCUUUUUGUGUACAGUUUAUAUACAGAAAUUCUAGUCUGCAUUUUUAAAGACUUUCUUUGUGAUAUAAGACAUAGUGAAUAAAUCACAAUAAUGCUCAACUUAAA